AUGCAGUUUACUCCAAAAAAGUCGUUUGAUAUAUAGAGGUUUCCUCUAUAUAGCGCUAAAAGCGCAGACAUUUUCCCAGGAGCUUUCCAAAGUUCGUCGGACCAAAUCGCUUUUUGGUCCGACCAAGGCAUUGAUUUGGUGCAACCUACCGAUAAAUUCCGAUCAGAAUUUAUCGGCCUUACAGCGCCAAACAUAGGAAACUUCUAUAUCUUCACUCCGCCAGAACUCUUCAUCUAGCUACAAAAAGAACACAAAACUCACAGAAAACAGUGGUGGAAGAUUUUAUUUUUUAAAAAAAAUAGCUAAUCUUCUCACAUUUAGUCUAUUAAAAAAAUCAGUUGUAAGGAUAAAUAAUUAAAAAAAAUGCCUAAUUGCUAUUAAUUUAGCCCAAGAAAUUGGUACAAAGAACGUUUUCUUAAGCCUUGCUAUACAAACUAUGGAAGAUUCAUUCCAAAUCGUAUCUCUUCAAAUCUCCUUAAUGCAUUUGAAAAGGCAGGCCAAGAGAAUUCCGGAAAUGUAGUUACAAUCACUGAAAAAGCUGGAGCUUUUUCUACCUUGCUAGACAACCAAUUUUUUGGCUCAGACAAGACAAAUUUCGAUAAUUCAGUCUCCACAAAUUUAUUCCGUUAUAAUUCCCAAUCAGCCCAAUUGCGAGAAAACAAAGAAAACCAAGGAUUUGUACCUGAUAUAGUUAACAAUGAAGAAACUAGCCCAACACAGAGAAUUGUCCCAAAAGUCCCUUAUAAAGUACUUGAUGCACCUCAGCUGUUAGAUGAUUUUUAUUUAAAUGUUGUAGAUUGGUCAUCAGCAGACACUUUGACAGUUGGGCUGAAUAUAUAAGUUGUAAUGAAUAGCCCACUAAAGACGAUUUUUGGUUAGCUAGCUAUUUGGUAAUCCAUUUUUAAAAUUUGCUAAUCAAAAAUACUUUUUAGUAGACGAUUUAUGUUAAGCACAUAUAACUCAAUUUAUCUAUGAUCACCUGUAACAGGAGCAGUAUCUAAAUUAUCAGCUAUUCAGUCCAUUUUAGAUCAUAAGUCUUUUAUAUAAUUUCUCUGAAUUUUUAUAAUAAUUUUUUUAAUAAAUUAAUUAUUUAAAAAGUCUCAAUUUCAAAAAUAAAAUAAUAUAAAAUUUAAUAAAUAAGGGCAAUGCCAAAUUAUCUACAUAUCAAAACGAUGUAGUUGCCUCUUUAUCAUGGUCCCCUACAGGCUCCCAUCUCGCAGUUGGCACGACAUCAGGAAAAGUAAUGCUUUAUGACGUCGAAAGAAGCAACGCUGUUCGAACUCUCCCAGGCCAUGCAGGAAGGGUAGGAGCACUAGCAUGGAAUGGUUCAUUACUUAGCUCAGGUUCCAGAGAUAAAAACAUCUUACAUAGAGACCUGAGAAGCUCCAGUAAAUUUACAGCCAAACUUCAAGGACACAAACAAGAAGUCUGCGGACUGAAAUGGUCCUUUGAAGGAGACCAACUUGCCUCUGGAGGAAAUGACAAUAAACUAGUAGUUUGGAGCGCUCAAAGCAUUACUCCAGUCGCUAAAUUCAAAGAACACACAGCAGCGGUAAAAGCAAUUGCAUGGUCACCUCAUCAGCAUGGACUUUUGGUAUCAGGUGGAGGUACUACAGAUCGCACUAUUCGUUCUUGGAAUACUUUAUUAUCGCAAAAUGUAUCAUGCAUUGACACACAAUCACAAGUCUGCAAUUUAAUUUUUUCUAAAAAUUCGAAUGAACUGGUAUCCACGCAUGGAUAUUCUCAAAACCAAGUAGUGGUAUGAAAUUACCCAACAAUGCAAAAAAUCGGAGUAUUGACGGGUCACACGUCAAGAGUUUUGUAUCUUGGUUUCCAAAAAAGGAUUUUAUUCAAAUACAUAUACUAAAUAUAUAAUAUAAACACUCUUGCUGGUUGCAUUUUCCUAUAUUUAUAUAGUAAAUAGAAAAACAAAUAGCUAGCCGAGAUAUUUUUAUUGGAAAGAGGAAUAUAUUUUUAGAAUAAAUUAAGCUUAGAUAGGUUAAUUGUACUUAAUCCUCGAUUGGGAUAUAAGAGAUUUUAUACUAUUUAAUCGUUUUAAAAUAUUUUAUGCUUCUUUUUGAAAGAGUUUUAUUUAAAAAGUCUAAAGUUAGCCUUAAAAUUUGAUUUCACUGAUUAUGAAUACUAGGUUGCUGUGAGUAGUGAAUUGAUUGAUAAUAUUUAUAAUUAAAAUAUGCCAUUUCCGACAAAAUUCUUCUCUUGCAUACUUUAAUUGAGGUUUAGUUUCACCUUGUGAAUCUAUCCUUGCUGAGGCAGGGAAACAAGAGCCCCAUGAUGAGCAACGUGGGACUAAGGAGUAGUAAUUUCAUAAAGUGUAGCGAUCACAGGCGUUAUAAUAUGGGCCUUUAAGGUGCCCGACGAGCUCAAGUGAGUUGAAAAGUACAAAGAAGAGUUGUCGACACCCAAAUUUCAAGACUAGCGCCCUCAUCUAAUCCAAGUCAAGUAUGUCAAAAUUGACAGAUAGGAGGAAAUUGAUGUUGAAUCUCAAGAACAGAAUUGGAUGUGGCUGCACCAGAGGCCACUGGGAGUAGACCUUAAGCAAUAAUAGAUAACGUAGAUUGAGAAUAUUCUAUAAAAUCUCUAAAAAUUUCUAUGAUUUUAAACUUAAUUUCUACAAAAAUUUAAUUUCAGCUCAUAUAAGAAGGGAGAGUUACUAGACAAAGAAAAAUUAACUUUAUUUAAUUAGAUUCAGCUAUUGGAAUAUCAAUACCUAAUCUAAUUUUAAUAGCAUACAGAAUAUAUAUAAAAAACGUAUCUUACAAUGUCAGCUGACUCGCAAACUAUUGUGACAGGCGCUGGCGAUGAAACUUUACGAUUCUGGAAAGUUUUCCCAAGACCAGAUUUCGGACAACGUAGCAGUAGCUUGCUUCCUGCAAUGAGCGAGCUUAGAUAA